AUGGAUUUUGAUCGUUACGUUACUGACUUUGUAUAUAACUCUGAUAAUAUGGAAUGGAGCGUCCUAAAUUGUCUAAAGUAUCUUGAAGCACGUGUACAAUAUACUUCUGAUAGCAAAGAAGAUAUUAUUGACGCAUUUGCGAGAACGUUUGAAAAAAUCAGUAAUUCUACUGCUAUGCUUUCUGGAGUAAAGAGAAAGGCCAAAAAAUUAGCCAACAAAGUAGAAGAGAAAUUUCGAAGAAAAGAAAUUAGGCAGGAAGAACGGGAUCUUGAGAAUUCCUUCGACAAGAAUGGUCGUGAACUGUUAAAAAGGUCCGGUGAUUUCAAUACACUGGAAUUAUCAUCGCGUUAUAUGGAAAGGACAAAAGAAUUAUGUGAAGGUGAAUCAGUAAUAUCAGAACAACAUCAUUAUGGUCUAAGAAAAAAACAAAAGGUAGACUAUAAUGAAGAACGGAUAUUGGAAAGGAUAUCUCAAUCGGAAGAAUCUCAAACGGAUGACCAUUCAGAAUUUUCUCAGGUAGAAUCUCUUAACCCUCCGAAAAUUGAGGCGCUAGCGAGUUUAAGCACGAAAUCGCACUUAGAAAAUUAUAAUAUUGUUUGUCUCUUUGACAUCGGAUUUCCCUACACCAAACAACUCUUUAUGAAAUUAUCAAGGAAUCAGAUGCGCAUUAUGGAGAGUAAAUGGAUAGAGGCCGAAACACAUAUUAGCAAAGAAGAGAUUGAAAAGUGCUGGAAAGAAUGCUCAUUAAAAAAACUGGUGGAUGAUAACAACCAAACCAUUAAAGACAAUUCAAAUGAAAAUACGCUUUAUGUUGAUCUCAAUGAACUUAUGACCUCUUUUACAAAACAGAAAUUUGACAAAUAUGACCACCAAAAAAAUUACGAAUUGCUUUGGUGUCAAAAUGUUUAUGUGCAGAUGACUCUCCAACUAUUACACAAGCACAGUGCAUUGCUUGACAAAGAAUCCGGUGAAUUUAAAUAUCGAGAUGACAUCGUAAACCCUCUUCUCGCAUCAAUUUUUUAUGAUGUUGAGGAUGUGCUAUGGAUGAAAACUGGAGAAAUCGAAAAUGAAUCACGAAAACGACAACGAAAUUUUUCAAAGCAGGAAGAUGAUCGUGGAAAACUUGGUGACAAACACGACGGUAUAUUAUACAUGAAUGUCAAUGGUGUAAAAAUUGGCGUUGGUUUUGUUGAAGUUGUCGGCAAUGCAUUCACCACAGAUAUUUCUGACAAGAAUUACGACCUUGAGAAGCUAUUGAAAGCAACGAUGAUAUCCCUAUACUAUCAACAUGCACACCAAUCUGAUAAUGAGAAUAUCUCUCGAUUGCAAUCAUUUGCAAUCUUAGUAUUUGGACGUGAGUAUCAUCUUCUAAGCAUGCAUCUAGUUGAUGAAAUGUACAUCGUAGAUGAAUACGAUGCUUUCAUAAUACCAGAUUCUUGUGUGGACUUGUUACAAAUCGGAAAUGCUAUCGAAAUAGUGAAAAAAUUUAAGGUACGAUUGAUAAAAUAUUAUCGUCAACUUAUUAAAAAAACACGUAAAGUGACUCGACUCCCAAGUGCGGAACCACCAACUGCUUCACCAUCUGGGUCGAAAGCAAAAAAAAAAUCGCAUUGA